AUGGCAUCAGUUGAUACAUCAGUUCCAUCACUCGAUAAGGCAUGGAGAAUUAAUUACGACGAUUUAGAGUUUAAUUCAGAGAUUGGCAGCGGUGGCUUUGGUAAAGUAUAUAGAGGCGAAUAUUUAGGUACACCUGUAGCAAUUAAAAAGAUUCAAAUUUUACCAGAUGACCCAAACCGUGUUGAUCUUGAAAAAUUUUUAAACCGUGAAAUCGAAACAAUCAAACUUUUUUCUCAUCCAAAUGUAAUCCAAUUUGUUGGUCUUUCAGAAAAAAAUGGUAUUUUAUUUAUUGUAACUGAAUUAGUUGAAGGUGGCGACUUACAAUAUUAUUUAAAAAACAAAUCAAUCGAGUUAUCGUGGUUUUUAAGAGCCUCUAUUGCUCACGAUGUUUCAUUGGCUAUGGCCUACCUUCACAAUCAAUCAAUUGUUCACAGAGAUUUAAAAUCAACUAACCUUUUAGUAGAUAGAAAUUGGAAAAUUAAAGUUUGCGAUUUUGGUUUUGCAAGAAUUGUCGAUGAAGAAAAUAAUAAAUCAAUGACUAUUUGUGGUACAGAUAAUUGGAUGUCUCCAGAAAUGAUAACUGGUAAAGAUUAUGAUGAAAAAUCUGAUGUUUUUUCAUUUGGUAUUGUUUUAUUAGAAAUUAUCACAAGAGUUAAACCACAGCCAUAUAUGAGAGGUGCUGAUUUUGGAUUAUCUGAAGAUAUUGUAAGAAAUCAAUUAAUUCCUGAAGAUUGUCCAGCUUCAUUGGUUAAACUCACUUUUGAUUGUUGUAGAGUAGAUCCAGCCCAAAGACCAUCAUUCAAAGAAAUUGCCUCAAUUCUUAAAAAUAUUAAAAUAUCACUU